AUGGGUUUCUGGUGGGUGGGGGGUUACAAGGACAGAGAAGGAAUGGGAGGAUUUGGUGCGACUGGGGGAGAAGGGAUGGGUAGGGAAAAGAUUCACGUUGCUCUUUGCGUUCAGAAUGCAGCACUGCAGUUUAUUAAAGCUGGUGCUGGUGAUCAAUCCAAUGAAAAUCCAGGACAGGAUGAAUACAAGCUGUCUGAAGAUGCCAGAACUGCAGGUUUGAGCAUUCACCCAGAUGUGUGGCCAUGA